AGAGGGCCUGCAAAAGAGAGAGAAAGAGAGAGUACUUGGAUACUGUCUUUAAAUCAAUGUUGAGUUCAAAUUGAACUUAUUAGUUAAUUACCUUACCUUCUCUGACACUUUUUAUUAAUUAAAUUAACAUUUUGACACUUUUAAUCCCUAACUUACUGCAUCUCAAAGCAAUUAAAGCUGGUUUUAAGUGACGUCAUUGAUUAGGUUCAGAAGAGUGGGAAAAGAAAUGGAGGGAAGGAAGACUAACCAUUGAAAAAUUGAAAACACCUUUGCCUAAAAUAUACUCUCCUUUUUUCUGCUUCCUUUGCGGUUAAAAAUGAUUUGUGAUUGACUUAUUUUUUGGUUUCUUCGUGUGUUAUGUUAGUUUAAUUUAACCAUCGUUAAUCUUAUUCAGAAUAUCCACAAUUGACACAAUCCACCAUGGAUGCUCAAGCUUUCUCUUUUAUGCAAACCCGAUCUUCUGAGCGCAAGAAACAAUCUGAAAAUCCAAGGCGAAGUUUUGGUAACAAGAUGAAUGAUGACGGUGAUGAUUCUGAAGUCGAAGAUGUCGAAGCUAAUCCUCUUGAUCCUCAAUGGCAACUUUACGAGGCAGUCAAGUCGUACACCAGUAUCGCAGGAGAAGUCCUUUCUGACCCUUUCAUGCGUUUACCAAGUCGACGUUUCUAUCCUGACUAUUAUCAGGAAAUUAAACAGCCUAUGUCUUUAAGAAAGAUUAAAUCAAAGAUCGAGAAUCGUUUCUAUCGAACUACCGUUGAAGUUGUCGAUGAUAUGAAUAUCAUGUUCGAAAAUGCAAAGAAGUAUAACCGACCUGACUCAAAGAUAUUUAAGGAUGCAUGCAAACUUCAGAAGGUAAUGCAAUCUAAAGCAAAAGAACUCGUCAAUUAUCAAGGCAAAGAUUCUGAUUCUAGUGAAACAGACAAUGAAGAUAGCUGUAGUGUAACAAGUCGUGGAAGGGGCCGCAGAUCAAAAAGCUUAUCGAACGCAUUAAACCAUGAGCUCAAAAGAGCGCGUCGGUCCAACUCGGAUUUUGAUCCUGGGUUGAAAAAAAAGAUGAAACUUAUUAUAAGGACUUUAAUUGAUUUUGUUGAUGAUCAAGAUCGUCAAAUUUGUGCACUUUUCAUGGAAAAACCAUCCAAAAAAGAUUACCCAGAUUACUAUGAAAUCAUCGAGAACCCUAUCGACAUGAAAACAAUUCAAAUGAAUGUCAAAAAUGAUCAAUAUGCAACUGAAGAUGCUUUUAUCGCAGAUCUGAAACAAAUGUUCGAAAAUUGCAAGCAAUACAAUGAGGAAGGCUCACAAAUCUAUAGAGAUGCAGAACAGCUCGAAGCUUUGCUGAAUGAAAAGUUAGCAGAACUUGGUGCAUAUGUUCCAAAAGUACGAAGAUCUAGAAAAUCAGGAAAUAUAAUUGCACCUAAACUGAGAAUACUAUAUGAUGCAAUCAUUAACUAUAAUGAUCCUAAAACUGGUCGCCAAUUGUCCUCGAUUUUCAUGAAACUUCCAUCUAGAACUGAUUAUCCUGAUUAUUACGAAGUCAUAAAAAGACCUUUAGAUUUAGGAAAGAUAGGAGUUCGACUUAAAGAAAAUCUUUAUGAAUCUUUGGAUGAUCUUCUAUCUGAUCUAGUUUUAGUUUUCGAUAAUGCCUGUAAAUAUAAUGAGCCGGAUUCUCAACUUUAUAAGGAUGCAUUGACUCUUCAACAUGUCGCUCUUCAAACCAAACUAGAAUUAAUUGAAAAUGAAAACCAAGGAGUACCAAAUAUUAGAGCAGUCAUACAAGAUUUACUUACUAAUCUAUUCAUUUCUGUUUAUAACCAUCAAGAUGAAGAAGGUAGAUGCUAUAGUGAUUCAAUUAUUGAAUUAUCUGAACAAGAAGCUAAAAAUGCUGAUCCCAAUGAACGCCGUCCUUUAACAUUAGAUCAAAUUAAGAAGAAUCUCGAAAAAAGAAGAUAUCGUCGUUUAGAUCGAUUUCAACAAGACAUGUUUGAUGUUUUUGAAAGAACUCGACGCAAUACUCGUGUUGAUUCUCAAGCGUUCGAAGAUUCAGUUGAAUUACAAUUAUACUUUAUUCGCUUGCGGAAUGAACUUUGUCGGAAUGGUGAAGUACUGAUAUCUAGUGCAUUAAAUUUUACAGAAAUAAAUUUAAACGCUCAAGUUGAUGCAUUAAAAUUGGAGAAACUACCUUUUGAAAACCAAGAAACCGAUGCAGAAGCUAAAGGUGAGGAUAAAGAGGCUGAUCCUAGUGGAGGAGCUCCAGUUGAAAGUAUUCCUGAAGUAUCAUUAAACGACCAAGUUUAUCGACCUGGUGAUUUUGUUUAUAUUGAGCCAAGAGAGAAAGGUAUGGAUCCUCAUAUAAUAAAUAUUUCAAAACUUUGGCGUGAUCCAGCUGGUCAGUUAUGGAUUUAUGGAUGUUGGUUUUAUCGUCCUUAUGAAACUUAUCAUAUUGCUUCAAAAAAGUUCUUGGAAAAAGAAGUCUUCAAAAGUGAUAGUUACAAUAAUGCACCUCUGUCUCAAGUUGCGGGAAAGUGUUUCAUCAUGUUCGUGAAAGACUACUUUAAACUUAAACCGGAAGGCUUUGAGGAUUGUGAUGUUUACGUAUGUGAAUCUCGAUACUUUACACGAACCAAAACUCUUAAGAAGAUCAAAGUUUGGCCUUACUUCAAUGACCAUUCAUUAAUACCCAGAGAGCAACACUUACCCAUGAUCCGAGUACCUUCAAUUUUUAAGGACAACAAGCAAGAGAAAUGUAAAGAGGAACAAUUAAUAAGUGAUUAUGACGAUGAUGAUGGUCCUAAACUUUUAGAUAUUGAGCGACCUAACAUAAUCAUUGAACCUGGAGAUGGAAUGCCAAUUGAGGAAGGUGCUAUUUAUUAUGAACAAUUCACUAUUCCAUCAGGUUCAUACAAGUUAGGAGACUGUUGUUAUGUGCGAACUGAUAAUGGACGUAAUCUCAUUUGCAGAAUUGAUCGAAUGUGGGUUGAUAAAGAUGGUAAUGCUUUCUUCCAUGGUCCUUGGUUUGUGCAACCCAGAGAACUGCCCUUAUCCAUAUCUCGAAUGUUUUAUCCAAACGAAGUAUUUCUCAGCUCAAUUGAAGAUACAAACCCUCUUCUUAGCAUAUGUGAUAAAUGCUCUGUUCUUGAAUUUAAAGAUUAUAUAACUAGAAGACCGACUGAAAUUCCAGAACAAGAUGUUUACAUUUGUGAAUUUAAGUUUCUUGAAAAUGAUAAGAAAUUCAUUAAACUUCCCAUAAUUUUAAGGAGAGUUGCUCCAUAUAAACCAGGAGUUGCUGAAGAUGAACAAUUUUUAUUCCGUAAACCUUUAGUCAUAGCUAGAACCGAAUCUAUGCCCGAGCGAACCACUCUCUUAACACGUAAAGAUCCACUGUCUUUAAGUGAAGCUCCAUCUCCACAUACUCCAUUCCGACCUUCUAUAGAUACGGAAAAUGAAGAGUCAAAUGAUGUUUCCUCAUUGAUAUCAGAAACACCUAUUUUGUCAACUCCUUUUAUUAGUAGGAAAAAGGGAAGUAAACGCAUAGUAACUGGAUACAUAAUUUUUGCUGGUGAAGUCCGAAAAUCUGUUAUCCAAGCCAAUCCUGAUUGUAAUUUUGGUGAUGUUAGUCGAAUUAUUGGUAAUGAAUGGAAAAAUUUGCCUUUAGAAACAAAACAAGAAUAUGAGCGAAGAGCUCAACGUCAAAACGAAGAGUCAGCUAGAGAAGCAGCCCGUGAGGCCGAAAGAAUGGAAUCAUUCCCUCAGUCACCUUUGGGUUACGAAGGCGUUUAUGAGUGCCAUUGGGAGAAUAAAUGUGAUUUCCAAUGUGAAGAUCCUAUUGAUUUAUAUGAUCAUCUAAAUGCGGAACCACACGGUCAUGUUUGGCGAUCAUAUGGAGAAUUAAAAGAUAAAGAUGAUGCAGUUUUCCAAUGCCUUUACCAUGGCUGUGCUCGAGUGAAAAAAGGAGCUACCCCUUUUCCAUCUAUUCAUCGACUCAUUCGUCACUGUAAAGAAAUCCAUGUAAACAAACAGAUUCCAAAACAUAUACCUCCUGAAAAUCGAAGCAAAAAUUUCAUCCCUGGUCGCAAGUCAGUUGCCGCAGCACCUUUCUCUCCAGCUAUCAACAAUCAUUUUGGCAAUAGUAUAAAUCAAUCAGCGUCUUCAACAACCAUUUUAGGAGUGAACAUAGCACAAUCGAAUCCUAGUUUAAGUUUAACAAUGUAUGACAACGGUGCCAACUUAUCCUCUGGAAUAAAUGGACAUUCAAAUCAAGUUGAUUCAUUGAAUAUGCCAGCUUUAACACCAUAUUGGAUUCAAAACUCACAGCCAACCAACCAACAACCCACAGUCAAGCAAGACCCACUCUUCGUAGCUGCACCACCUAAACCUACUCGCCUUCUUCAUUCGAAUACAUUUGUUCAAUACAUUAAAAGAUUGCGACCUGAUUGUAGACAUGUUAGUAAUUACGAGCAACAACUUAACGCAACUCCUGAAAAUACACCCAUACCAAAUAGAGACCAUUUACCCUCUAAUUGGUUAGCCAAUGGAGAAGGUAAUCAUGGUGAUGUCGUAAACGCAUUAUGGGCUUUAAGAAACUUUAUGCUUAAAGAGUCCUUAAAUUUGUCACGAUUAUAAUUUCAAAAAAAUAAUUUGUAAACGCAUUUAAAAUUUAAACAAGCGCAUCAUUUAAAAAACUUGAUUGAUAAAAAAUUAACAUAAUUUUCUUCUUC